AUGGCGGAUGGUAAAGACACAGACAAAGCCCCUUUCGAGUCGACUUCAGCCAGCGAGGAUUCCAGCUCCGAGGCGGAGUCUCUGGAUCUGGCCAAGAAUCCCUUCCUCGACCCCGAGGUCGCAGCCUACUGGCGACAAGUAUACGACGACGCUCAGUACGAGUGCCGCCAUGCGUUCGACCCGACCUUGACAUGGACUGAGGAAGAAGAGAAAAGAGUGGUCCGCAAACUAGACUGGAGGAUCUGCACCUGGGCGUGCGUCAUGUUCUUCGCCCUCCAAGUUGACCGAGGGAACCUCUCGCAAGCCCUCUCCGACAAUCUCCUUGACGAUUUGGGUCUUAACACCAAUGACUACAACUAUGGGACCGUGGUCUUCCUCAUCAGCUUCCUCUUGGCCGAACUGCCAUCCCAGCUGGUAUCCAAGAAGAUCGGCCCGGACCGGUGGAUUCCUAUCCAAAUUGUGCUCUGGUCGGCAGUCGCUAUUUCGCAGUGUGCCAUAACGGACCGCUCAGGGUUCCUCGCUACCCGUGCUCUGUUAGGGCUGCUCGAAGGGGGCUUCAUCCCGGACAUCGUUCUCUGGCUGUCUUAUUUCUAUACCUCGCGAGAGCUGCCAAUCCGGCUGAGCUACUUCUGGACAACCCUGUCAGUAACAACAGUGGCAACCUCCCUGCUUGCCUUUGCCCUUUUACAUCUGCGUGGUGUCAACGGCUGGGCCGGUUGGCGAUGGCUGUUCCUUGUCGAGGGCCUUAUCACGAUGGUCAUCGGGCUAGCUUCCUUCUUCAACAUGCCUGCAUCAGUCGUGCAAACUAAAGCGUGGUUCCGCCCCAAGGGCUGGUUCAGCGACCGCGAGGUGGCCAUCGUGGUAAAUCGCGUUUUGCGCGACGACCCGUCCAAGGGAGACAUGCACAACCGUGAGGCCAUCACGCUCCGCCGGCUGUGGGAAGUUCUUAAGGAGUAUGAUCUCUGGCCCAUGUAUGCCAUCGGGCUGAUCUCGUUCAUUCCUCAGGGGCCGGUGAACUCAUACCUGACCUUGACACUGCGGUCGCUUGGGUUCAACCCCUUCACCACCAACCUGCUUACCAUUCCGAAUACAAUCUUCCACAUCAUCUUUCUUCUCGCCCUGACCCGGCUGUCCGAGUAUCUCAACGAGCGCACUUUUACAGCCAUGCUCCAAUCCGUGUGGACACUGCCUUGUAUUAUCGCCCUGCGCUUCUGGCCCGGCGUCAUCAAAGAUGCUUGGGGCACUUACGCACUAAUUACUGUCCUGCUGUCAUACCCCUACUGCCACGCAAUCAUGGUGGCCUGGACCUCUAAGAACGCAAACAACGUUGGCACCCGGACGGUGGCAUCAGCUCUGUACAACAUAUCCGUCCAACUCGGCCACGUAAUCUACUCCUUCAUCUACCAGGACCACGACAAGCCCUACUACCGCGAGGGCAACACCAGGCUGGUCGCCAUCAACCUGCUGGCCAUCGCCAUCUUCCUCACCACCAAGGCCUACUACGUCUGGCGCAACAACCAAAAGGAGCGCAAGUGGCGUGCCAUGAGCGAGGCCGAGCGCGUUGAGUACAUCAAGCAUAGCCCUGUGAGGGGGUGUAAGCGGUUGGAUUUCCGGUUUGCGCAUUAA